GGGAGGGCAACGUUGGGCAGCGAGCGGGGGGGGGGGGGGGGGGGGGGGGGGGGGGGGGGGGGGGGGGGGGGGGGGGGGGGGGGGGGGGGGGGGGGGGGGGGGGGGGGGGGGGGGGGGGGGGGGGGGGGGGGGGGGGGGGGGGGGGGGGGGGGGGGGGGGGGGGGGGGGGGGGGGGGGGGGGGGGGGGGGGGGGGGGGGGGGGGGGGGGGGGGGGGGGGGGGGGGGGGGGGGGGGGGGGGGGGGGGGGGGGGGGGGGGGGGGGGGGGGGGGGGGGGGGGGGGGGGGGGGGGGGGGGGGGGGGGGGGGGGGGGGGGGGGGGGGGGGGGGGGGGGGGGGGGGGGGGGGGGGGGGGGGGGGGGGGGGGGGGGGGGGGGGGGGGGGGGGGGGGGGGGGGGGGGGGGGGGGGGGGGGGGGGGGGGGGGGGGGGUGGGGGGGGGGGGGGGGGGGGGGGGGGGGGGGGGGGGGGGGGGGGGGGGGGGGGGGGGGGGGGGGGGGGGGGGGGGGGGGGGGGGGGGGGGGGGGGGGUGGGGGGGGGGGGGGGGGGGGGGGGGGGGGGGGGGGGGGGGGGGGGGGGGGGGGGGGGGGGGGGGGGGGGGGGGGGGGGGGGGGGGUGGGGGGGGGGGGGGGGGGGGGGGGGGGGGGGGGGUUGGGGGGGGGGGUGGGGUGGGGGUUGGGGUGGGGGGGGGGGUGGGGGUGGGGUGGGGGUUGGGGUGGGUGGGGGUGGGGUGGGGGGUGGGGGGGGGGUGUUGGGUGUGGGGUGGGGGGGUGUGGGUGGGUGUGGUGGGUGUGGGUGGUUGGGUGGGGGUGGGGGGGUGGGGGGGUGGGUGUGGGGGGGUGUGGGUGGGGGGGGGGGUGGGUGGAUGGUGGGGUGUGGGGUGGGAGGGGGGGUGUGGGUGGGGUGGCUGGGGGUGGGG